UCUCUGCAAAUCCGAGCAUCAGACGGCGGAGGGAUUGGAGGGAAGCAAAGGAUCCGAGGAAAUCCACUUCCUGACACAUCCAUCACUGGAGCUGAAGACUAAACAGUGGACGCAGUGGGGCUCUUCGGUGGUCAGACACCUAUGAGAGAGAAAACGCAUCAGUUCUUAUCUUUAAAGGAUUAAACAACCAGCAAAAAAAAAACAAAAAUGAAGGCAUUCAGCAUUGCAGUUGCAGUGACACUCGUGCUCGCCUUUAUUUGCAUCCAGGAGAGCUCUGCCAUCCCAGUCAAUGGGCAGGUCACAGAGCUGGAAGAAGCAGCAAGCAAUGACACUCCAGUUGCGGCACGUCACGAGAUGUCAAUGCAAUCGUGGAUGAUGCCAAACCACAUCAGGGAAAAGCGGCAGAGCCACCUCUCCAUGUGCAGCGUGUGCUGCAACUGCUGCAAGAACUACAAGGGCUGCGGUUUCUGCUGCAGGUUCUGAGGGGUCCUGCAACAACCACCACUCAUUAAUUUAUUAUUAGGCUUGUUUUUCCCUAUUCUCCACAAGAAAUUAACUUUUUUUUCCUUUAUCUCAUAUGAUAGCCUGCUGUUAGUGUAUUGAGGAAUUCAAGAAAACAGAAAGAGGCUGUUUGUUUUAUUUAUUUUUUACUUUUAACCCUUUUUGUAAGCUCAAUAAAUAGUCAAUUUCCAAAGGAAAUUAAAUGUGUUUUUUUUCCAAUGUAAUUAUUCAAAUAAAACAGUUGCAUGGAAAAUCUGCA